UGAGGGGACUGUAUCGCAAUUUGAUUUUCUUCUGUAUGUUACUCACCCCUUUGGUUCAACUCCACCGCUCUCUCUCAGUCUCACUUCAUCAUCUUCGGCUCUCUCUCUUUCUACGAAUUAGGGUUCAUCAAAUAACAGGCUGUCAUGCAGGUGGACAAGGCACAGAUAAUGGAGAUGACUUCUGAAGAAAAUCCGGAGCAACCUGCAGCAGAAUAUGUUGCCAAUGAUGAUGAUCAUCAGUACAUAUACUUUGGAGAUUCGGAACCGAGGUUUAAGAUAUCUACUGGUGGUGAGCUUACAGAAAUACUGUCAGUCAUUGCAGCCACCGGGAAGUUCUGGCAUCCCUGGGAGAUGUUGCAGAUGUUACUAUCAUUUAAGCUGAAGCAGGUCCUGUCCGAGUAUCCCGAAGCCCAACUAACCAGCGAUCAGCAAACUUCUAAAUUAGGAGAAACAUACCCAGACUUGGUCAAAAGGCUGGAUCAAGCACUUCAUAGCUUCAUAGAAGGUCCUCCGUUUACCCUACAGAGGAUUUGUGAGAUCUUAUUGGCUGCACGAAAUAUUUACCCUAAUCUCUCAAAGCUUGCUCUAGCAUUGGAAAAGAAUCUGUUGGUGACUUCUACUCUGUCUGUUUCUACUAGUACUGAUCCCGACCCUAUACUAAGCAGAGAAGGGGAUGGGCCUAUUGCAGUAGUAGCACAGGAUGCGGUACCAAAGGGUCAAACAGAGGCCAUCCAGAAUGGGGUUGGAGGUGACGAGGAUGAGGAAAUGGCAGAUGCAGAGGAGGUUAGUGAUGAAGCUAGUAAGAAUGGUAACCUCAUGGAGAUGGCAGAGGAAAUAAGCACUGCAACUCCUGAAGCAAGUUCUGACCCGAUCACCCCUUCCGAACCAUCUAAUGACUCAUGUCCUUUGAUUGACGACCAGCAGCCGACGCAGCAGCCACCACCUCUAUCACAACAGUCGCCGCCGCCGCCGCCGCAGCAGCAAGAGCAGAUCAAUACUGCAAGCUGAUUGUAUUUGAGUUCUUUAGAUGUUACUUAUAGUCGGAACUGUUUGUUUAGCAAGUGUUAUUCAGAUUAAUUGAGUUUUCACUAUAUGCAGGUCGGUAUAUUCAUAAUAUUCCAAGUCAGAGAGAUUCUUAUGCACCACUUCGACUGUGAAAGAUCUUGUGAUUCAAUAGUCAAUGUAUCUAAGUGGUCGAUGUUCACUAAAAUUGGCUGAAUUUGUUUAUGACUGUUUUACGAUUCUUU